AUGUCUGGCAUAUCACCUGACGUCAUCAGCCACAAGUUCAGCAUCUCUCCCGCCCAUAAAUCGGUCAGACAGAAGCUCCAUUCGUAUGAUGCCGAACGGUAUGAGGCCAUGCGUACCGAGGUGGACAAGCUAAAAGCCAUCGGCUUUAUCAGGGAAGCUACGUACCCGGUCUGGCUUGCCAACUCUGUCAUGGUUUGGAAGGCCAAAGGGGGAUGGCGGAUGUGUCAGGACUAUACCGACCUGAACAAGGCCUGUCCAAAGGACAGCUUCCCAUUGUCGAGGAUCGACCAGCUCAUUGACGCAACCGCUGGACACGAGCUGCUCAGCUUCAUGGACGCCUAUUCAGGGUACAACCAGAUUUUCAUGGACCUUGCCGAUAGCGAGCAUACGGCAUUUAUCAUCGACCGCGGUUUGUACUGUUACAACGUCAUGCCUUUUGGCCUGAAGAAUGCGGGGGCAACGUACCAACGGCUCGUCAAUCGGAUUUUUACUGAACAUAUCGGCGGCAUUAUGGAGGUGUAUGUCGACGAUAUGUUGGUGAAAAGCUGA